AUGAGCAAUAACAAUAUUAUUGCUCAGACCAGACCGUCCCCUAUCAGACCAGACCGUCCCCAUCAGACCAGACCGUCCCCUAUCAGACCAGUCUGUCCCCUAUCAGACCAGACCGUCCCCCAUCAGACCAGACCGUCCCCCAUCAGACCAGACCGUCCCCCAUCAGACCAGACCGUCCCCUAUCAGACCAGACCGUCCCCCAUCAGACCAGACCGUCCCCCAUCAGACCAGACCGUCCCCCAUCAGACCAGACCGUCCCCCAUCAGACCAGACUGUCCCCCAUCAGACCAGACCGUCCCCUAUCAGACCAGACCGUCCCCCAUCAGACCAGACCGUCCCCUAUCAGACCAGACCGUCCCCCAUCAGACCAGACCGUCCCCUAUCAGACCAGACCGUCCCCCAUCAGACCAGACCGUCCCCUAUCAGACCAGACCGUCCCCUAUCAGACCAGACCGUCCCCAUCAGACCAGACCGUCCCCUAUCAGACCAGACCGUCCCCUAUCAGACCAGUCUGUCCCCUAUCAGACCAGACCGUCCCCCAUCAGACCAGACCGUCCCCCAUCAGACCAGACCGUCCCCCAUCAGACCAGACCGUCCCCCAUCAGACCAGACUGUCCCCCAUCAGACCAGACCGUCCCCUAUCAGACCAGACCGUCCCCCAUCAGACCAGUCUGUCCCCCAUCAGAUCAGACCGUCCCCAUCAGAUCAGACCGUCCCCAUCAGACCAGACCGUCCCCUAUCAGACCAGACCGUCCCCCAUCAGACCAGACCGUCCCCCAUCAGACCAGUCUGUCCCCCAUCAGAUCAGACCGUCCCCAUCAGACCAGAUCGUCCCCCAUCAGACCAGACCGUCCCCCAUCAGACCAGUCUGUCCCCCAUCAGACCAGUCUGUCCCCCAUCAGAUCAGACCGUCCCCAUCAGACCAGACCGUCCCCCAUCAGACCAGACCGUCCCCCAUCAGACCAGUCUGUCCCCCAUCAGACCAGACUGUCCCCCAUCAGACCAGACCGUCCCCCAUCAGACCAGUCUGUCCCCUAUCAGACCAGACUGUCCCCUAUCAGACCAGACUGUCCCCUAUCAGACCAGACCGUCCCCUAUCAGACCAGACUGUCCCCCAUCAGACCAGACCGUCCCCCAUCAGACCAGACCGUCCCCUAUCAGACCAGACUGUCCCCUAUGAGACCAGACUGUCCCCCAUCAGACCAGACUGUCCCCUAUCAGACCAGACCGUCCCCUAUCAGACCAGACUGUCCCCCAUCAGACCAGACUGUCCCCUAUCAGACCAGACUGUCCCCUAUGAGACCAGACUGUCCCCCAUCAGACCAGACUGUCCCCUAUCAGACCAGACUGUCCCCUAUCAGACCAGACUGUCCCCCAUCAGACCAGACUGUCCCCCAUCAGACCAGACCGUCCCCCAUCAGACCAGACUGUCCCCUAUCAGACCAGACUGUCCCCUAUGAGACCAGACUGUCCCCCAUCAGACCAGACUGUCCCCCAUCAGACCAGACUGUCCCCUAUCAGACCAGACUGUCCCCUAUCAGACCAGACUGUCCCCUAUCAGACCAGACUGUCCCCUAUCAGACCAGACCGUCCCCUAUCAGACCAGACUGUCCCCCAUCAGACCAGACCGUCCCCCAUCAGACCAGACUGUCCCCUAUCAGACCAGACUGUCCCCUAUCAGACCAGACUGUCCCCCAUCAGACCAGACUGUCCCCUAUGAGACCAGACUGUCCCCCAUCAGACCAGACUGUCCCCUAUCAGACCAGACUGUCCCCUAUCAGACCAGACUGUCCCCCAUCAGACCAGACUGUCCCCUAUCAGACCAGACUGUCCCCCAUCAGACCAGACUGUCCCCCAUCAGACCAGACUGUCCCCUAUCAGACCAGACUGUCCCCUAUGAGACCAGACUGUCCCCCAUCAGACCAGACUGUCCCCUAUCAGACCAGACUGUCCCCUAUCAGACCAGACUGUCCCCCAUCAGACCAGACUGUCCCCUAUCAGACCAGACUGUCCCCCAUCAGACCAGACCGUCCCCCAUCAGACCAGACUGUCCCCUAUCAGACCAGACUGUCCCCUAUGAGACCAGACUGUCCCCCAUCAGACCAGACUGUCCCCCAUCAGACCAGACUGUCCCCUAUCAGACCAGACCGUCCCCCAUCAGACCAGACUGUCCCCUAUCAGACCAGACUGUCCCCUAUCAGACCAGACUGUCCCCCAUCAGACCAGACUGUCCCCUAUGAGACCAGACUGUCCCCCAUCAGACCAGACUGUCCCCCAUCAGACCAGACUGUCCCCUAUCAGACCAGACUGUCCCCCAUCAGACCAGACUGUCCCCUAUCAGACCAGACCGUCCCCCAUCAGACCAGACUGUCCCCUAUCAGACCAGACCGUCCCCCAUCAGACCAGACUGUCCCCUAUCAGACCAGACUGUCCCCUAUCAGACCAGACUGUCCCCUAUCAGACCAGACUGUCCCCUAUCAGACCAGACCGUCCCUCAGCAGCGCUAUAAACACAGGGAUCUCCUGCUGCUCCUCCUGCUGCUCCUCCUGCUGCUCCUCCUGGCUGGUGGUUGAGGAGGUCCCCUCAGACCCAGAAGAUGCUCUAAUCUAA